AUGUCGACCGUAGCACGAACGGGAUGGCCAUCAAUCUCGAUAGUAGCGGCUCUCUUGCUCAGAUUGGCACUCUUCAACGGGACGUCAUUACCGGCAACUCUGAGCCGCAGAAUCGAACUCUCCACGCCUCUCACUGGGAUCCGCUAUCUUAAUGACGGCGUGUACGUCUAUAAAAGCGGAUUGAAUCCCUACGAGGGCGGGAACUUUCAUCAUUCACCACUGUAUCUUGUUUUGUUCUCCCUCUUUCCCUUUGCGACGUCCCGAAUUUCAGCAUCCAUACUCUUCACCCUAUCAGAUUACCUCGCUGCCAUCUCACUGCGACGUAUAUGGAUUGGAAGAAAAUGGCAAGAAGAAGCGACGCUGAAGAAGAGGAAUGACGGGCGAACGAACGCGAGCCGAAGGUACUUGCUCAACCCUUACACCAUAGCUAGCUGUAUCGCCCAGGCAACGACGAGUAUCGACAAUGCCUUGAUUCUGCUCGCUGUAGCGGCAGCUGCGCAAGGACAAUCCCCUCUGACCGCGUUCUUCCUCUCACUCGCUACCCAUACAUCGCUCUACCCCAUUCUUCUCCUCGCUCCUUUGCUCCUGCUGCUCGUCCGCACUGGUUCGCCGGGAAAGACCAGCUGGAGGGAUGUCGUUGGAACCGUCUUCUUUUUCGCCGGGUUCUUCUUGGCCGAGACCGCUAUCGCCUUUGGAUUGGUCGGGGAUUGGAGCUGGAUCAGCUGGACCUGGGGUUCGACUUUGACAGUAUCCGACCUGACUCCCAACGUCGGUCUCAAUUGGUAUUUCUUUACCGAGAUGUUUGAUCACUUCCGUUCGUUCUUCGUGGGCACUUUCCAGAUGCACAUCGCGAUCUACGUCGCACCUUUGUGUAUACGACUGCAUGAUCAUCCUCUCCUCGCCGUUACCGUACUCGGAGGGAUCAUCUCAAUCUUCAAGUCAUAUCCUACCUUGGGAGACGCGAGUCUCUGGUUGGGCCUACUAGGCUGUCUCCCUGAUAUCUGGGCCGAUCUGCGCCAUCCCCUUCUGAGCGUGGCUCUGCAGCUAUACUCGGUCAUCCUCUUACCCAUCCUGCACUCGCUCUGGCUCGAAUCGGGAACGGGGAACGCCAACUUUUUCUACGCCGCGACGCUGGUCUACAGCUUGGGAUGCGGGAUGGCCUUGGUGGAUAUCCUUGGAGCCGGGCUUCGACAACAAGCCGCGAGAACAAUGAUUGACGAGGGAAUCCUGGAUGAAGGCGAUGAUGGCAUUACAGAUCAGGUGGCAGCGGGACGAAGUGAAGAAAUCAAGAGCACCAAGGCGAUCUUGGAGGAUCACGAUCUCGUGGUUGUACAGUACGCGGGACUCGGAUCAUGA